AUCCAUAAAUGUCAAUGUCAAUUUGAUGUAAUCAAAAUUCGUAUUUUGACAUGUUGACAUCAUUGUGUGCGAGUGCGACUGAUCUUGCUGAAUGUGACCGUGUUUUGGGGGUAACAUGUCAAACUUCAUUACAAUUUUACAUCGUUCUGUUUACUUUAAUUAGAAAGUGUGUUAUACAAACAAAUAAAUGAAUAGUGAUUCUUCAGAAGGGACAUCUGGGGGGGUUAUUAUCAAGCCGUCAGCUCGAAGGAGUAUUCAUAGCUAUAAAGACGAUAGGUUAAGAUCAAAUGAAACAAUGGGUAGGUAUGGGCUGAACAAAUCUAACACCCAAAAUGGGCCAGAAGGUGCUGAUAGAGGAGUGGACGAAACGGACAAUGUAAUGAGCAAAAUGGCUCGUCAAACAAGUCCACUAUCAAUAAGAAAGAAAAAGAUAAACAGAUCAAAUUCAUAUUCACAGGAUGAGGAUAAUUCGGAUGACAAUACUACCAAUGUGCUUUCAAAAUCUUUACCUGCAACACUUCCGUCACGUUUCCGUUACAGUGAUGAUUCUGAUGUUGAAGAUAGCUUUUCCAACUAUUUAUCAAAGUCAAGAGCUGAAGAUGAAAGUUACCAGUCAGCAAAGAAUAGAAGUAACAUCAGUUUAGAACGUGAUCCAUCGUUACCUCAUCAACAGAAGUUGAACGCCUUUUCAAAAGUCAAUCCUAGGACAACACAACCCCAGCCAGCAAACACAUCACGAGGCAUUAUUCUUCCAAUAUUCUUAGUCAUUAUAGCUGUAUUUUCAUAUUUUAUAUUAAAUAAUCAAACAACGAUCCAGACUCAAGAUAAAUCAACGCAAACUAAUUAUGAUGAAAUUAAAUUUGAAAAUAGUUUAAGAGACCUCCAGGAGAAAUACAAUAUUGAUGAUGAUUCUAUUCUGAAACUGAAGAGUGGUAUAUCAACAAUAAUCUCACGGAUGGACACAGGAGCUUUUAUAUUCUUCUAUAACGGCAAUAAGAUCAAUUUCGAUGCUAUUAAGUUCGGCAAGUUCACAGACGAAGUCGCUUACACAGCUGCUAAAUAUUUGCGUAGCGAAAUGUCUUCCAUACAACAUACAGUAGUGGAAAGUGCAAACCUGGACAUGCAGGAACAUGGACAGCUGAUCUCAAGGUACAAGGAUGACGUCAACAGAUCCGGGGUGAUGCUCGUCAAAGAAGUAGACGCAGUACCUUCAGACCUGGCCAUGGCCUUCCACUAUUACUGCGAUGAAUAUGAUCCUCUUGUCAAGAAGAGUGCUAUAUUUUUCACUCUGAAUAAGGCUAAUUGUUCAAAUAUAUCAGUGUCAAAAUCAACGCAUGAAUUCGUCGAAAAGUGUCUUACAAAGAAAUGGAAGACUGUUUCCCCAGAAAACAUAAGGCCACUAGUAACCAGAGUGGUCAAUGUCAUUAUUGAUGUGACCAGUGCAUUUUAAUCCAGUAUUUUAUUGAAGUGAUCUAUUAGUUUGUUAAUAUAUUAUUACGUUUUUUUAUUUAUUAAUAAGAUUUAAUUAUUAAAAUUUAUAAUUAAAUUACUUAAAAUAU